AUGGGUAUAUGUGCAUCUAAAAGUACUCCAGCAACUGAACCUGCUAACGGGAAAAGCAAUACCCAAAUUAAACGUCAAGACCAAUCCCAAGCAUUAGCAUCGAAAAAAAAUAACUCUCCUAAUGACUCCCAUCUAUCUGCACAACAAAAUAAUAGCUCAACCGACUCUUCUAAUAAUGGAGAAAAAAUUCCUGAAAAAUCAACUGUUCAAACUCAAAAUGAGAACCUGGCUGUUCAAAACUCAACUGUUGAUGCAGCUGCUGCUUCUCAAACUGAUAAAGAAGUUAAGGUUUUAUUAUUAGGUUCGGGUGAGAGUGGUAAGUCUACAAUUGUUAAACAAAUGAAGAUUAUUCAUAAAAAUGGUUUUUCAAAAGAAGAAUUGUUUGAAUACAAACCUUUUGUUUAUAAAAAUAUCUUGGAUUGUAUAAGAAAUGUUAUAAAUGCUAUCAUGGAAUUAGAACCUGAUUUAAUUAAAAAACUGACUAUAACUGAUGCUGAUGGUGAAGAAACUCCAACUAAUGAAGUUAGUGAUAAAAUUGAAGAUGCCGACGCCAGUAAAUCUUCUGAAAGUGGAAGUCUACAAGAAUAUCAGGGUGAAAAAUCUGGUCGUAAGCAUAUAUUUGAUUUAGCUACUUUUAAUGAAAUCUUGGAUUAUGAAUUCUCGGUUAGUGAUGAAGACGUUUUCGAUCCUAAAAUUGCAAAUAAAAUCAAAGACAUAUACAAUACUUCUGAAGUUCAAACUUUUAUCAAAUUUCAACAAGGUAAGUUUUAUUUAAUCGAUUCUACUCAUUAUUUCUUGAGUGAUUUAGAUAGAAUUAUCCAACCAUCCUAUAUUCCAUCUCAACAGGAUAUUUUAAGAACUCGUAAGAAGACUUCGGGUAUCUAUGACUUCAAAUUUCAAAUGAGUAGCGGUUUGAAUAUCCACAUGUACGAUGUCGGUGGUCAAAGAUCAGAAAGAAAAAAAUGGAUUCAUUGCUUUGAUAACGUUACUUUAAUUAUCUUUUGUGUUGCCUUGUCCGAAUAUGAUCAAGUCUUAUUAGAAGAAAAUAGUCAAAAUCGAUUAGAAGAAUCUUUAACCUUAUUUGAUUCUGUUGUCAACUCAAGAUGGUUUGCUAGAACUUCAAUUGUUUUGUUCUUGAAUAAGAUUGAUGUUUUCGCUGAUAAAUUACCUUAUUCUCCUCUAGAAAAUUUCUUCCCAGAUUAUAAUGGUGGUGAUAAUAUAAAUAAAGCUGCAAAAUAUAUUUUAUGGAGAUUCACUCAAGUUAAUAGAUCAGGCUUGAAUAUUUAUCCUCAUGUUACCCAAGCCACUGAUACUUCUAACAUUCAAUUAGUUUUUGCCGCAGUCAAAGAAACCAUCUUAGAAAAUUCCUUGAGAGAUAGUGGUCUUUUGUGA